AUGGGUGUCCCGGCUCUUUUCAGAUGGCUUACCAAGAAAUAUCCUAAAAUCAUUACGCCUGUUAUCGAGGAAUUGCCUUACGAAAUUGAUGGCGUGCAGUAUCCCGUGGACACCACGAAGCCCAAUCCCAAUGGCGAGGAGAUGCACAAUUUGUACCUCGAUUUCAAUGGUAUUGUUCAUCCCUGUUCUCACCCAGAGAACAAGCCACCCCCGGCCAAUGAAAGUGAAAUGAUGCUGGAAAUCUUCAAAUACACUGAUCGAGUGGUGAACAUGGUCCGUCCCAGGAGAUUGCUCAUGAUCGCGAUAGAUGGAGUUGCCCCUCGUGCGAAAAUGAACCAACAACGUGCUCGUCGUUUCAGGUCAGCGCGCGAUGCAAAAGAGGCGGAUGAAAAGAAAGCAGAAUUUCAGACACUGCUUCGUCAACAAAAGCAGGAUAGGGACGAAGACAGCGAGUCAACGGUCGAAGAAGUAAUCAAGAAAACAUGGGAUAGUAAUGUCAUCACACCUGGCACGCCUUUCAUGUUCAUUCUUGCGCAAUCUAUUCGCUACUGGGUCCAAUGGAAGCUCAACACUGAUCCUGCCUGGGCUGAAUUGAAGAUUAUAAUUUCAGAUGCCAGUGUACCAGGUGAGGGUGAACACAAGAUCAUGCAGUUCAUACGUUCUCAGCGCUCUGAUCCCGAGUAUGAUCCCAAUACUCGACACGUCAUGUAUGGACUUGAUGCAGACUUGAUCAUGCUCGGGCUUGCCACGCAUGAACCACACUUUCGUGUCCUUCGAGAAGAUGUCAACGUCAGAGAUGCCAAAGCAAAGACCUGCAAGCUUUGCGGCCAGCAGGGCCAUUAUGCCGAGAACUGCAGAGGUAAUGCAAAGGCCAAGUCUGGCGAUUUUGACGAAAAGGGCACCACCGAGGAACUGAAGCCUUUCGUCUGGUUGAAUGUCCCUAUCUUGCGUGAGUACUUGGCUGCGGAGAUGUUCGUACCCGGCCAAUCUUUCCGUUUCGACCUUGAACGCGCUCUUGACGACUGGGUCUUCAUGUGUUUUUUCGUUGGCAACGACUUCCUACCUCAUCUGCCCAGCUUGGAUAUUCAUGAAGAUGGUAUCGACAAAUUGAUUGCUAUCUGGAGAGAUAACAUUCCAGUUAUGGGCGGUUACUUGACUUGUGAUGGAAGCGUGGACCUUGCUCGAGCCCAGAUCAUUUUGCAAGGACUGGCGAAACAGGAAGAUGCCAUCUUUAAACGCAGGAAGGAGAUGGAAGAUAGGCGAGAGCGCAAUCAACGACGCCGAGACCAGGAGAACCAGGCUCGAGAAGCCCGGGAGGCUGCGCGGAACCCCAAGAGACGGCGGAGUUCGCCUGAUUAUAGUCUAGGUGGUCGCGUCCCUGCUCGAGUCGAUGCACGUGUCCCUACUGGACCGAUUGAUGCUAUCGAAGCCACAAAUUAUCCUAUGCUGGACUACAAUGCAAUCGUCAACAGAAACACCGUGGACAAGACACAGACGUCGAACAAAAGUGCAGCAGCAGUUCUCAAAGAACAAAUGCUGGCUAAGAAGGCGGCCGGCACUCCCACCAAGGAUGGUAGUGUUGGGGCCAGUAACGGUGUCGGGACUGCUGACACAACGCCUACGUCUGCAUUAGGAAAACGCAAAGCGGAGUUGAUAGAUGCUGAGUCCGAGGACAGUGGUACUCCUGGGCGAAAUACGCCCGUGGAAAAGCCUCAAAGCAGUGCUGAUCCCAACGAUCCUCCCCCGGAUACCGUGAGACUUUGGGAGCCUGGCUACGCGGAGCGUUAUUACGAGCAGAAGUUUCAUGUUUCACCAGACGAUUUUGAGUUCCGACACAAAGUCGCUAGAUCCUACGUUGAAGGCUUGUGUUGGGUGCUCCUGUACUACUUCCAGGGCUGCCCAUCAUGGACAUGGUAUUAUCCCUAUCAUUAUGCACCUUUUGCGGCCGACUUUGUGGACAUUGACGAGAUGACUGUCAAAUUUGACAAGGGAAAGCCUUUCAAGCCAUACGAGCAACUCAUGGGCGUCUUGCCCGCGUCCUCAAACCACGCAAUCCCGAAGGCUUUUCAUCCACUGAUGACUGAUGAAGAUUCUGACAUUGUUGAUUUCUAUCCAGAAGAGUUCGACCUCGACUUGAAUGGCAAAAAGCAGUCUUGGAAAGCUAUCGUGCUCCUGCCUUUCAUUGACGAGCAGCGACUUCUCAACGCCAUGGCCACCAAAUAUCCUCUCCUGACAGAGGACGAGCGUGUCAGGAACGAACUUGGAAAGGAAGCUUUGAUCAUCUCCCACAGAAAUCCUCUCUACGAAGAUUUGGCUCUCCAAUUCUAUUCCAAAAAGGCCAAGGAUGGUAAGAAUGGCGUCAAACUUUCCAUGAGGAAGGGGAAAUUAGCUGGCACCGUGAUGAAAAAUGAUGAUUUCUUACCACACAUGGAUUUGAUCGGUCCAGAAGAAGACAUCAAGCUUGAACCUGUGGUAGACGACGAUCAUUCAUUAAUGGUUCACUACUCUGCGCCUCCUGCUACUCAUGUGCACAAGUCCAUGUUGUUCCCAGGGGUCGUGUUGCCUCCUCCGGUGCUCGACAAAAGUGAUCUUGCCAUCUUGAGAUCCAAGGCUAGAAACUCCGGCCGCGAUUUUGGAGGCGCACCACUUUACGACAAUUCUAGACGCGACCCACAGGAUCACCAAAACAGAGGAGGUCGGAUCAACUAUGCUGUAGACCGGCCUUAUCCUGGUUCGAACCAAGGAGGUAAUGGCAGUGACAACCCGUUUGCUGCCUUGCUUGAUCCUCGGUAUGCACCACAAGGACGUGGAGGCCCUCCUCCGCCUCCGCCUCCCUAUCAAAACGGCUAUCAAAACGGGUAUGAUCGAUACCAAGCUCCUGCCAACAGCUACGGUGGCUACGGCGGCGGACAAGGUGGCUACAACAACUACCAGAAUCCAGCUCAUGGUGGCCAGGGCCAAUACAACUCUGGAAACCAAGGCCAAAGUCAGAAUCAAUAUGAUAAUAGACGAUACCAGCAGAACGGAGGACGCUCAGCCAGUGACGGCUACUAUCAAUCUCAAGGGCAAAGUCAACGAGGAGGAGGUAAUUACAAUCAGGGGUAUGGUCGGAGAUGA